UGAUGGGUUUGAAAAUUGAAGUAGCCUAGUUUUGAUAACGUCAUGGAGAUACUUUUCUAAGAACACCUGUAGAGAGAUUGUGCUCUGAGGAACAAUUCUGAGGAGGACAAUAUCUAUAUACAUUCAACGUUUUAUUUUGAAAAAAUAACCGAAUGAUUUUCUAUACCUUCAUGGAUGACGAGAACAUUCGUGAAAACUCUCACCAACACGGAUGGUAGUGUUCUCUAAAUUGGAUAUAUGUUUCUGGACUUUUAUAAUACCAAGACUGUGCGCUCUUCUUCUUCGAGUCUCUUCUUCCAUGCGCUAGAGAAGCUGAAAGGAAGUGGUGGAAGGACAGCACAAUGAGGGGCAAAUACUUUAUACUGGGUUACUUGUUGGUCAAAGUUAUGGCGCUGGUCUGCAAGGCGGACGGAGAACCAGGACAACUGGAGGGCUUUGUCAUGAUGACGACGUGCAACGGAUCCAGGGAGGACGAGGGUGCAAGCUUCUCGGAGCCCCCGCACACGGAGGACAGGUGCCGGGGGUAUUACGAUGUGAUGGGCCAGUGGGACCCGCCGUUCGUUUGUAAAACGGGCGAUUAUCUGUACUGCUGCGGCACCUGUGGCUUUCGGUUCUGCUGCUCCUACAAGACCUCGCGGUUGGAUCAGAGCACCUGUAAAAACUACGACACUCCGGUGUGGAUGAUGACAGGUCAAACCCCGUUUAAGAAAAACGACCUUCGGCACGACCCCACCAAAGAUAAAACUAAUUUAAUCGUGUAUAUCAUCUGUGGAGUAGUGGCUAUCAUGGCACUUGUUGGGAUAUUCACCAAACUCGGCCUGGAAAAGGCGCACCGACCCCAGAGAGAGAAUAUGACUAGGGCUGUCCAGAGUGUGUUACAGGUCGGUUGUCCAGGUGAACAGUUCCAGGGGGAGGACACCCUCGCCAUGCAAGCACAGAACUAUGACACAAGGGCCAACAACCUCCAAGGAGGUCAGAUUAACAACAAUGUGGGUCCAGGUCCCACCAUGGGCCAGCCACACCCCUACCCUGCUCUGAGCCAGCAACGACCUGGGAAGGAACUUAACAAGUACGCCUCUCUCAAGCUCGUGGCGGCCAAGUCCAACGGUGACUUCUACAACAAACCGCGUCUGAUGAUGGAGCUGCCGUCCAAAGGAGGCCUCCCCCUCCAACACAUGAACCCUAUGCGACCUCUGAACCCCAUGACCAACAACGCUAUGUCCCACAACCUAAUGAAUAACCCCACCAUGACCCACAAUCCAAUGAACAACCCCAUGGCCCACAACAACCCCAUGGCCCACAACAACCCCAUGGCCUACAAUAACCCCAUGGCCCACAACAACCCCAUGGCCCACAACAACUCCAUGGCCCACAACAACCCCAUGGCCCACAACAACCCCAUGCCCCACAACAACCCCAUGCCCCACAUCAACCCCAUGCCCCACAUCAACCCCAUGCCCCACAUCAACCCCAUGCCCCACAUCAAUCCCAUGGUCCACAACAACCCUAUGGCCCACAACAACCCCAUGCCCCACAACAACCCCAUGGCCCACAACAACCCCAUGCCCCACAUCAAACCCAUGUCCCACACCAAACCCGUGUCCCACAACAAAACUAUGUCCCACAUCAAGCCGAUGUCCCACAUCAACCCCAUGGCCCACAAUAACCCCAUGGCCCACAACAACCCCAUUGCGCACAACAACCCCAUGGCCCACAAUAACCCCAUGGCCCACAACAACCCCAUGGCCCACAACAACUCCAUGGCCCACAACAACCCCAUGGCCCACAACAACUCCAUGGCCCACAACAACUCCAUGGACCACAACAACCCCAUGGCCCACAACAACCCCAUGGCCCACAACAACCCCAUGGCCCACAACAACCCCAUGGCGCACAACAACCCUUUGAGUCCCAUCAGCACCCUGGGUUCCCUGGGCCCCAAGCCAGUGGCCACCUACAUCACAGAGAUGCCCAGCAGUUUGCCCAUCCUAUCCAGCACCUACCAGGGCUCCACCAUGCUGACCGCACCCAAGCAGAACGGACAGAAGCCCCAAAGACUCAGCAACAGUAGUGACAGGCUCAGUAAUAAAGGUCCAGGAGCCAUGACCAUGUCCAGCAUGACUAGAACAGGGACUUUCCCGGGGCCUCACCACCACACCGGGACGGUUCCUGGUCCUCACCACCAACAACACCACCAAUAUCAGCAGCAACAACACAACUCACUGGCCUACAGCUCCCACACCAUCGCAGCCCCCAGGGGGCCGAAGGGCUGGGACGGGACUGAAACGAUGGGUAGGAGGAAGGGUUACGGCUCCAAGAGGCCCCAGUGCACGGUGGAGCAGAUCAACGAGCUGCACAGUCAGUCCCGCUCCCAGAGCCACAGUCAGCACUUCCUGCCCACUCAGCCUUACUUUGUGACCAACAGUAAGACGGAGGUGACUGUGUGAGAGAGUGGGAGAGGGGGACGAUAGUCUCCAAAGCAGAGUCACCUAUUAGGCAGAGCGGGAGAGGACAGAGAUGGUGGUGUGUAAGGCCCUGGUUGUGGUGUGUCCCGGUAGUGGGGGCCAGAACAGAGCACCCUGGUGGUGUGGCAGUGUGCUUGCAUUUGUCGUCCAGUAUGAGUGGAUCCCUGCACAAGUGACUGUCAGUCAAUCCUACACAGACCCUCAGUCAGGAGAGGGGGGCGGGAUGGUAUAUCCAUGACAACGUCCAACAGAAGUAUCAAAUUCAUUGUGUGUGUUAUAAUAUCUCCUGUGUAAUGGUAACAUAAUCAACCAAUGACAGUGAAACGUGAAUACAGCAUCAGCAAAAGAAAGCAUGAGAUUGCCAUGGAUUGCGUUACCAAAUCCGACAAGCAAUAUGAGAUCUAUGGACACCGCAAUGGCUGGGGCUAAAACAUUGAGCAUGGAAACAUCAAACUGUGGCGAAGGAAAGGACAUUCAUUAAAGCGGCUCUCUCCUACAAAGCCAUUUAAUUGGUCACAGUUUUAGGGCUAUGGGUUAUGGGCUUUGGACUACGAACAUUAUGGGCUUUCUUCUGCUCUUGUAACCUUGAAACUCACUCGGUCGUCAACACAUUCUGGAGAUUAUUGUCCUGUAUAUUUGAAGAACAGUACUUGAUCACUGCUGGCCCGAAGGCAAGGAGGCAAAAGCAUCAUCUGGAGGAUAGUACUGUACUCCUGAAAAACGCAUCCGUCCUAAUGCUGUUCACACAGAGAAUCACAGAGAAUCUGUGAUCCAAUAUUUUAAAAUGUGACUACAGACCAUGGCCAGUUGUAGUGAUACAGCCAUCUUUUUACAUGUCCCUUUUUCUCUCUCUUUCAUUCUAUCUAUCCCUCUUAGAAAAGACAAACUUCAGGUAAAGAAAAUGUAAAGAGAGAGCUAAAUGUGGUUCUGAAUCAUUUCUGUUCUACGGUGUUUGGCGAGGCCCUGAAGUGUCAUCCCUCAUGUGUAUUAUUGCUACAGAAUAUUGUGAUUAAUACAAUGUGCCAAAAACAUUUA